GUUUAUAAUUGGCCAGGCUAGCCGCCAGGAUUUUUAACCAGGCAAGAUGUCGUUCUGCUCGCUCGCCCUAUUCUGCGCAACCGCGUUUGUGCUCGCCGCGGCUCAGGAUUUCGAACUUCCUGUGCAAACCUGCAAACAUGAUGCAGAUGAUUAUUCGUCUUGCUUGAGACUUGCGGUACAAGAAGCAUGGCCAAACUUCAUCCCAGGUAUCCCGAAACUCGAUCUGCCGGUCUUGGAUCCGUACUUUACCGAAGAACAAAGAACCGUGUACGAAGCUAAUGACUUACGUGCAGACAUAACAGUCACAAAUGUCAACACCUAUGGACUUGCGAAGGCUCAAUUCUUGGCUGUGAGACCGCACUAUUCCGACAAUUUCUUCAAAUUGGAGAUUGAUGUCGAUUUGCCGAAGGUGCUUAUGGAGGGUAAUUACAAGGCGGAUGGAUCCAUUGGAACUUUCCAAAUUGGCGGCGAAGGAUUCUUCAAUAUUAGCAUGGAAGACAUUAAAGCCACGUGGACAUUGGAAGGACCUGUAGCUAAUGAUAGAUGGACGCUCGACCAUUUCUAUCUAAACCCGGAAAUCGGAAAGAUGCAGAUCUGGUUCAGUGACAUGUUCAACGGUAACGAGGAACUCAAUAAUGCCGCCAUGAGAUUCGUGAAUGAAUAUUGGCCGACCUUGUAUCGCACGAUGCUGCCGUUCCUCACGAAGACCUGGGACGAACGUCUUACUGAAGCCAGCAACCGUAUAUUCUCCAAGAUAUCCUUCUCGAAGACGUUCCCUUGAAGCCCUUCCUUUCUGCUAGGGCACGUACAUAGCGUAGUAUGAAGAGCGUCGAAUUUGGAAAUCGCAAAUAUUUUAGUCGACUGCUCGAAAUCGGUGCGGAGGAACGUGAAAUUUCUCUUUCAGAAGUCUGCGAACAUCCUGACGUGAGUUCUUUUUUUUUUUCUCAUCAUGCGUACUUUUGAUAGUGUUAUUUACAAUUAGAUUUGCACGACAUCGACAUGCGUGUGAAUAGUGCGACAAUGGCGAGUUUAUUGUAUAAUUAUGUAACGUGUAAACAUAGAUUAUUCUUUGUUACUAUUAUUGUGUUACUGCUAUUUCCACUAGUGAUUGUUUAUGUAAAGCACAGGUGUAAUAUAUAAUAAAUAUCAAAAAUAAUAUAUAAAGAGUG